AUGGUCAAUUUUGCAAUUCUCUUAACACUUUUUGAGUGGUGUCACAACUACGAAAAAUAAAACUUUCUUUUCUGGAUAGGAUACAGGAGUCACAUUGUGGUAACCAAUUCCAAAGAACUAGAGUAUAUUCUCAACAGCCAGCAGUUACUUCAAAAGUCCUAUAUCUACGAUUUAUUGCACCCAUGGCUGGAUUUUAGUGAUCUAACGAGUUAUGACAGAAAAUGGCAGAAACCGAAGAUGAGCAUUCCAUCCUUCCAUUUCAACGUCCUGCAGGACUUCCAUGAGGUGAUCUCUGCCAAGUUUAUGGCCCAGCUGAAAGAGGCGAGUGCUGGAGAUACAAUCAUUGAUAUGCAAGAUCAUGCCAAUUACCUCACCUUGGAUGCAAUUUGUGAUACCGCAAUGGGAGUACCAAUCAAUGGCAUCGAGCAGCGGGAUUCCUCCAUUGCUCAUGCCACUACAUAGUGAGUCAGAAAGCUAAUACUUCCUAUAUUACAGAUUUAAUGGAAAUAUUCUAAUUUUAAUAUGUGCCAUAAUAUCAACAUGUGAGCCUUUCAAAUUUUUAAGAAAUCAAAACGGUUUUUCAGUUUUAUCCCUGAGUUUGCUACCUUCCAAACAACAUUGAAGACGCUGCAGGGUUUUGCCAGUAACAUGAUAGAAAAGAGAAUAGAGGUUCUGCAUUCUAAGAACGAACAAAAAGUUUACUCGCCCAGAAAAAAGAUGGCCUUUUUGGACACGCUUCUUUCCUCCACAAUCGAUGGUCGUCCACUAACAAGGCAAGAAAUCUACGAGGAGGUGUCAACUUUCAUGUUCGAAGGACAUGACUCGACAAACGGGGUGUACUUUUCGGUAUACCUCCUCUCUCGACAGCACAAUGUCCAGUUAGAUGAAAGUAUAGUGCCCAAGGGCACCACCCUAAUUUUGGAACUCGUCAUGCUGGGUUACAAUGAUCGCAUCUUCAAGGAUCUCCAUCAUUUUCGACCGGAGCGAUUCGAGGAGGAAAAUCAGAGUUCUUUCGAGUAUUUACCUUUUAGUGCAGAGCCCCAAUGGAAAGCCAUUGGCCAAAAGUUUGCACUUCUGGAGAUUAAGACCGUCAUAUCGAAGAAAAAGUAAGGCGCAAAGUUGGACGUCACAAAUACGAUCCUGUUCUUUCAGCUGUAAUAACUCUUAAGUCUGACAAUUAGUCUUAACGUCUCAACUUAAUUACAAAUUGUGUAUUUAAAAACAAAAAUACAACACAUUUUUAUUAAGUACGUAUUUGUAUUUGCACAACUUUACCAAGUUUAAACUACAAUUUAAUACCAGUCACCGGUUAAAAAAGAAAAUCUUUCUGAUUACAUUUAUUAUUUAACCAUUACGUUUAAUUUUUUCAAACGAUGCAGCGUUCUAUUAUCCUAAUUUAAGUUUAAUAGACAAUGAUCCACCGAGGUUGCAGAC